AUGUUGUUCAGGAAACGCCACUCAACCGAAGCCUCGACGCUCAAUGGGACAUCCGGUUCCAGUGAACAGGGCCAGCUGCCCAUGCUGCGGCUCCCAGACAAGCUGCGGUACAACUUGCUUUGCAUGCUGGGCGAGUUCGUGGGGACUUUCAUGUUUCUCUUCUUCUCUUUUGCGGGUACACAGGUGUCCAAUACCCCGAUGCCGCCACCUGGCUCCCCGCCGAAUACUUCCAAUUUGCUGUAUUCAGCGCUUUCUUUUGGGUUCGCUUUGACCGUCAAUGUCUGGGCCUUUUUCCGAGUCACGGGUGGUCUCUUCAACCCGGCGGUUACUCUUGCUCUCUGUCUGAGUGGCGGCAUGCCCCCUCUCCGGGGAUUGUAUGUAUUCCCUGCGCAACUGGUCGCCGGAAUUGCUGCGGCGGGCGUGGUGAGUGCCCUAUUCCCGGGCCCGCUCAACUGCGCGACACGACUCGGCGGUGGCGCAUCCAUCUCACAAGGACUCUUCAUUGAGAUGUUUUUGACAGCGCAGCUUGUGUUUGUCAUUAUCAUGUUGGCGGUGGUGAAGCAUAAGUCCACCUAUCUAGCUCCAGUAGGAAUUGGUCUGGCUUUCUUUGUUGCAGAACUGAUUGGUGAUUACUACACCGGAGGAUCUCUCAACCCUGCUCGCUCCCUCGGACCGGAUGUAAUCAACCGCUCAUUUCCGGGGUACCACUGGAUCUAUUGGGUCGGUCCUCUGCUCGGAUCCCUUCUUGCCUCUGCAUUCUACCGACUCCUUUGUAUGGUGCGCUGGGAGAUGAUCAAUCCUGGUCAGGAUUAUAACGAGGAAGAUGCGGCCAGAAAGGAGUCGUUGAUUGGUUCAGAUAGUACCAUCAACGCCGAUGCCCCUCCAACAUCUAGAAGAGAUAAUGGGUUUGAUGAGCAUGUCUAG